GUAGUUUAGUCUGUGUAAAAAUGAUAUCUAUUUCUCUGAAAAAUCUCUGGGGUAAUUUGUCUCUCUGCCCAUAUUUUCCCUUUUUGGUUGAUUUUGCAGUCUCACAGAGUAAUUGUUAUUAGUAGUAAUAAGUUUCACUAAAAGACCUUGUUUUCAGCCAUUACAGGACAACUAAACCCCCACCCCCAAACCCCACAAAAUGUUCUGUUCUUGGUUCUCUGCUAUUCCCAUCUCCCUUUCUUUCUCUUGAGAUUCAACUCUUUGCAAAUUUUUUUCAUGUUUUUCUUUAAGUUUCCAUGACCCGUUUCACUAAAUCUAUCAAAGAUUCAAUCUUUAAUACAAUGGAUCAUAUACAAUCAACAUUUCUUGCAAUAAUUUGUCUGUCAGCAAUUUUCAAGAUUAUCCCUCUUUGUUCAUCAUACUCUACUCCAUCAAACUGUACGGACACUGGUCGCUUGUGCACUUCCUUCUUGGCUUUUAAACCCAGCUCAGAACAGACCCUCCCAGUGAUUCAAAGCAUGUUUGAUGUGUUACCUAAUGACAUAACUGUUGAAGGAAAUGGUAAAGGUUAUGUCUUUAUCAGAAAGAACUGUUCUUGUGCUUAUGGAAUGAGAAAGUACUUGACAAACACUACAUAUACUGUCAGAAAGAACAAUGGAUCUGUGUAUAAUAUGGUUGUUGAUGCCUAUGAUGGGUUGGCUUAUUUUCCAACUAAUUUUACAAGGGAGGGGAAGAAAGGGGCAGUGGUUUCACUGAAGCUCAUAUGUGGAUGCUCAAGUGGGCUGUGGAAUUACCUCAUGAGUUAUGUGAUGACAGAUGAUGAUACUGUUGGGUCUUUGUCCAGUAGGUUUGGGGUUAGUAUGGAUAAUAUUGAGAAUGUUAAUGGAAUUGCCAAUCCUGAUAAUUUCACAGCAGGAUCUUUAUACUAUGUGCCAUUAAAUUCAGCUCCUGGCGAGCCUUAUCCUGUAGAAAAUCACACUGUUCCUGCUGCUGCUCCAUCACCUUCUGUUGCUGAUAUUUCAGGAGUUGAGGAGAAUCAUAAGAGUCAUGCUAUUUACUGGUGGAUAAUUGGGGGUUUGGGUGCUGGUCUUCUCCUGAUUGUCGUCAUUCUUGCUUUUGUUACCUGGAGGUCGUCAAGUUGUUUUUCCAGAACUGAGAGAAGUCACACAGCAGGUUCAAAUGAAAAGAUUUCUCAUAAGUUCCAGAUACUUCGAAAUACAAGUUUCUGUUGUGCAUCAGGAAGGUACAUUUGCGGUAGCUCAGGGGACCAGCAAGAACCGAAAGGAGAAUCUACUGACCAACAGAUUAAUAUUCCAAAAGUUAUAGGUACUGAUGUCUUUGACAUGGAAAAACCUCUUGUUUUCGCCUAUGAAGACAUUCUAUCUUCUACCGAUGGAUUUUCUGACUCCAAUCUUCUUGGUCAUGGAACCUAUGGUUCUGUCUAUUACGCCAUCCUCCGCAACCAGGAAGUUGCAAUCAAAAGAAUGACUGCUACUAAAACAAAAGAAUUUACUGCUGAGAUGAAAGUUCUAUGUAAAGUUCAUCAUUUGAAUUUGGUAGAAUUGAUCGGCUAUGCAGUCAGUAAUGAUGAAUUAUUCCUCGUUUAUGAAUAUGCCCAGAAGGGUUCUCUUAAGAGCCACUUGAAUGAUCCUCAGAACAAAGGCCACACACCACUCUCUUGGAUCAUGAGGGUCCAAAUUGCACUUGAUGCUGCUAGAGGCUUGGAAUACAUUCACGAGCACACCAAGCCGCAUUAUGUGCAUCGAGAUAUAAAGACAAGUAACAUCCUGCUUGAUGAUUCUUUUAGAGCAAAGAUUUCAGAUUUUGGUUUGUCAAAACUUAUGGGGAUAACUAAUGAUGCAGAAGCCUCUGCAACACGAGUUGUUGGAACCUAUGGCUAUGUAGCUCCAGAGUACUUGAGGGAUGGCCUGGCAACUAAAAAGACUGAUGUGUAUGCAUUUGGUGUUGUUCUAUUUGAGAUGCUGACAGGGAAAGAGGCCGUCACCCGGACUGAAGGCAAUGUGAUGAAAACUGCAGAAAGACGCUCCUUAGUGUCCAUUAUGCUGGCAGCUCUGAGGAACUCACCAGACUCCACUAGUAUGACAAGCUUGAAGGACCAGCUGGAUCCCAGUUUGAUGGAUUUGUACCCUUCUGACUGCGUUUUCAAGGUGGCUAUGCUGGCUAAGCAAUGUGCAGAUGAUGAUCCAAUAUUGAGACCGGACAUGAAGCAUGUGGUGAUCACACUUUCACAGAUAAUGUUAUCCUCUGUGGAGUGGGAAGCAACUCUUGCUGGGAACAGUCAAGUGUUCAGUGGCAUUGUGCAGGGAAGAUAGGUCCAUAUGCUAGGUGUUGCCUUGCAUCCUCAUAUAUAAUGUACAUAGUACUCUUGUAUUUUUGAAGCCAAUCUUCUCCAUUUUACCAGUCCAGUCACUUUUUUCCUACAUUCUUUAUAAUGUUAUCUUUUUUAUGCACCGAGUAAUCUCCAUAUAGCGAAUUUUUUCCUCUUUUUUUCUUUUUUCUUUUUUGGGAUACUGAGAGUUCAAGCUGCAGUUUUGCAUUUAAUAUAUUGUAAUAGUUUUCAAUUAUUACCCAAAAUGUUUAAGUUCCUUCCAUUAUAUUGUCUGCAGAUUGUAUAUUUAACAA